AUGGCUGACGGUCAACCCUCAUCAAAUGAAAUAAAUGAAGGUGGUGAAGGAGGUGAUUAUGUAUCUAAUGAUGAGACAACAACAGUCAUUGCUGAAAAUAUUAAAACUACUCCUAUAGUAGAUGAUUAUGUUGAUGAACCACUUGAAGAUUAUGUUGUCAAUUUAGUUGUUAAUGAACAAGCUGAUAGUGGUAUUACAGUAUCAACUAAAGUAGUUGAUGCAGCUAUAGCAGAUAUGCAGGAUACUUCAACACCAUCAAAUAUAGCAGCAAUAACUGACAAGAUCAAUGAAUAUACAGCAACAGUGAUUGAUGAAUUGAGCAGUAGUCCUACUACCGAUGCUAUUACUGGUGGAAAACGAUGGUGGGGUUGGUCUACGCAAAAAUUAAUAUUUGUUGUUCUCGGUAAGAAAUUUAAAAAGAAACCAGCAACAUCAGCUGGUUCAACAGGCACAACGAAAGCAGUAGUAACCAAAGGCAUAUCACCAGACCCGAAAUAUCAACCAGUGCCAAAUGUUUGA